AUGCAAGCUCCAUCAUCCGGCUCCCAACGCGCCUUUGCCCAUCGCCGUUCGCCUGGCGCCGAGCCUGGACCACCGCCCAAUGUUCCUGUUCGGUCCAUUUCACCAGCGCUCCAGGCUCGAGCAUCGAGCGCCUCGGCAAGAUCUGUACAGUCGGCCGGUUCUCGAAGGAUGAAUCGUGAAGGUUCCGGUAGCGGUUCCAAUAUGCCUCUAUCGCAGAUCGAAAAGAGCGUUACGCACCUGCUCGUUGCCACAAAACAACUCCUAGAGACACUGACACAAUGGUCGCGCGGGCAAGCUACAGAUAGCCAGGUGUCAGAUGUCUACGUGCGUCUGGGAUACGAGUUCAACAUGGCUUGCCGCGCAUUUACUGCCAUUCAUGUUGACACAUCCGAUCUAGGAAACGUACCCGAUUCACUGCGACAUAUCCUUGAGGCAACGCUGAGCCAAGAGGCCAGCGCCGAGAGUUUAGAGAAAUAUCUGCCCAGGAUCCGCGACAUAAUCAUCAAUUUGCUACACGGCCUAAAGCGCAAACAACAGAAGCUUCGUCAGAAACAAGCUCGAGAUCGCGACGGCCAUGCACCACCCGAUAGAGCAACCAGCAUCAGCACUGUUGGCAGCGGCAACAGCGGACUCACCAACAUGUUGGAGGAGGGAUUAGAGAAUGGGUUUCAGCCUCAGCCCGAGGCGCAGCCGACUGAGAAUCUGCCUUCGUCGAGUGGUAGUAACCGAUCUCCGCGCCGCUUCAACGCCCAGCGGGACUCGUCUCGAGUAUCCGCGAUAUCAGAACAAUCUUCACUUUCGAGCAACACGAUGCAGAAUAUGCCGGUAGUGCCACCUUAUCCCGAAGGCGACAGUUCAAUUCCAUCAGGACCUCCUGCGCCUCCUGCGCCUUCCGGAGAACUCAAUAUCGAUUCGUUCCCUCCUCCGCCACCCCCUCCGCCCGACAACACUUCGAGCGCCCUCGCAGCUCUGCAGAAGGGUGGAGAUCUCGAACGACGAGCUUCACGUCGGUACUCUCAAUAUCAGAUAUCGAAGCACCUGGGAGGUGCCAAUGGUGUUCCAAUCUUGCCCUCGCAGAACUCACCCAUCCCUAACAGAGGAAGAAAGGAGGUUCGAGAAUCGCUACGCGCGGUGCAGGGUCGACAGUCUAUCCGACACAAUCGCAAUAACUCAAGCCAGUCUUUGCGAGCAAACACGGCGGAGGACUCUCCCGUAAGGAUACCAGACAAGGUUUCCGAAGAAAACCCUCCGGCAGAACUGCCCGCCAAAAUAGAUAGUCCAGUGCCUCAAACUCCAGAUGAAGCAUAUGCGGCCAGUGCGACGCUCAGCGGGCCUCCUACUGACCCUAUGUUCUAUCAGGAUGAUGGCAAUGCACCAGAAACACCAAAGAUUGAGAAGCCCAAGCCCCAACCUGAAGUUGCGCCCACGCCACCACCAAAACCUACCGAAACAUCAUACUUCCAGGACUCUCCCCCGCCAACACCCUCAAAGGAUCUGACCUUGUUCCUCCAGUAUAAAUCUAAAGUCAAGAAGUUUGUUCUACCUGAAGGAAGGGCCGAGCUUACAAUCGGGCGACUGCAACUUGCGUUUAUCGAAAAGUUUUCUUGGAAUACACAACACAAUGGCGCCGAUCUUCCCGAAAUCUAUAUUCAGGACCCCGUCUCUGGUGUACGGCAUGAACUUGAAGACUUGGCAGAUGUUAAGGAUCGAACCGUUCUUGUCCUGAAUGUGGAGGCCCUAGACGAGGUCAAGAGGCAUAUCGACGACGGAAUUGCGUCCUUGACUGAGAUCGUCCGCGACGUUAAGCAAACAGUAACUGAUCAAGGAGCGGCUAUACAACGAGUCUCAGACCGACAGCAGGAAGCAGUGAACGAAAUGGCUCGACUGGCACUGUCACCACCUUCCUCAGCCGCCUCCACUGAUGGAGCCAAGACACAGUUCACUUCAGGCCGGAAAUUGAAUAACAGUCACCUAGGAGAAUUGAAGAGUCUGAGACAGGAUCUGGCUGUCAUGCGCCAAACCUAUUCGAAUUUUCAAGCCGACAUCCAGGACUCCAUGGCUACUAUUCGCAGCAAAGCUGCUAAUGUCAAGGUUGCCACAGCCAGGGCUGCUAUUCCCGAUAUCGAGGGCGAUGCAGGCUACUCAUACGUUACCAGCGGCCGCAAGCAGCUCAAUAGCGACUCUGAUCGAUUGGUUGGUAAAGUGGACGACCUCCAGGAUCUCAUCGAGGAUCUGCGCAAGGACGUGGUGCACCGCGGUGUCCGACCUCUCCCACGACAGCUGGAUUCUGUCGGCAAAGAUAUCUCGACGUUGAGCAAGGAACUGAAGAGAAUGGAAGAGUACAUGACUCAGGAGAAGCCCAUUUGGACCAAAAUCUGGGAGAAGGAGCUGGAAGACGUCUGCCAGGGUCGUGACGAGCUUCGUCUUAUGGAAGAUCUUUUGGUUGAUCUGCGAGAUGAUCUAGAGAAAGCUUCAGAAACGUUUACGCUUGUGGAACAGGCAACCAAGGAACAGAUGAAGGACAAUGGCACCGGUGCUAGUGCAGGAACCGCUCGACAAUUCUCAAAGGGUCUUAUCAACCUUGGCAACAGCUCCGAUCAGAGCGCGGCAAAGGAGGGUGUUCUCGGCGAGGUGAGAGCGCUGCAGCCAAACCACGAAGAUCGUCUCGAAGCUAUUGAGCGUGCCGAGAAACUACGCCAGAAAGAGCUUGCGACACGACAUGUUAAUCCCAUGCACCGCGAAAUCAUCAACUUCGUUGCGGACGGCAAGCUCAAGAAGUCUGGCGGAUUUGAGGAGGUUGAGCGAGCUCGCAAAGCCAAGGAUGACCGCAUCAGACGCGAGGUCUGGCAACGUCAAAACGGCAUCAUUCCCGAGAGUCCCAUCGGUGAGGAGGGUGAUGAGGGCCAAGUAGGUCAAGAGGAGAUGGAUGACGAAGAAGCCGAGUUUCUCAGACAAAUGAUAGCGGAGGAAGAGGCUGCUGCGGCGGCGGCAGCAGAAGAUCAACCGCCAUCCCCACCACCAAAGGAUGGCAGCGACGACGGCAAGGGGUCGGAACAACCAAACGGUGCCUAG